AUGGCAGCAUCACUUCAGGAUCCUUUCCUAUUGCAAAGGGAGAUCCAGCAACUCGAACAGAAUGAUGAGCAACGAAAAAACCUCAUCAAAUUAUCGAUUUUAAAAAUAUUUUAUCAAUCGAAAUCGAACAACAAGGCCCCAUCACAUACGAUUGAUAACUCUAAUUCUGCAAGUGCAUCACGAAUUGCAGAGCUAACAAAGAAGAACCACGAUUAUGAGUUGACUAUAAACAAAUUGAAACAGCUGCAUACAACUAAAGAGAAAUUACAAGAAUCUAAACUAGAAUCGUUGAGAGACGAAAUCGGGAAGUUAAAACAACAGCUUAAAGAUCAAACACGUAACAAAUUACAAGUGCCGACAUUAAGCCAAUUUCAGCCGACCUUGGAACCAAGUUCAUCACGUCCAUCUAGUGCAUUUUCUACUUCGCCCUAUGUCAACAAAAUAAUGUUCAAUCAAGGGUCUGGGGGACUCGCAAAAAACUACUUAUCACCAACUGUUAACUCCAUAAAUAAGUCGAUUUUUGCUUCAGACUCCAAGUCAAGUAUUCUAUCACCUAUACAGCAUAAAAGGAAAGUAUUAGUUCCUACAAAAGCAAAACGGGAAUAUACUAAUUAUAACUCCAUGAAGAAACAAUUUGAGCAAAACGGAAACUUACCACAGAAAGAAAGCACUGUCGAGCCUGAGACGCCUAAUAAGCGAAUAACUAGAGCUGCCUCGAAAAAAUCGUCUUCCCCUGUUACAACACCUACCCGACAUUCAUCCAACAACACGAAUCGUUCAUCACCAUCCGUACAAACUGCCGAUCUCACCCCCAGUAGACUUCCAAAUAACGGCGAGCUCUUUGACGAUAAGAUGAGAUCAUUGGAUGAUGUCAUCAAUAAGUCUUUUACUAGUGCAAAUGCCAGUGAAGCUGAAAAUGAUGCUCCGGAUGCUAACUCAACGACUAUAGAGAGUAUUUCUUCUAGGACAACAGGCAGAGGGACCCAUAUGUCUGAAGACGAAACGUUUGCUAGUGCCAAUUCAUCGCUAGCAAAAUCAUCGGAGAAAAAGGACAAAAAGAAGAAAAAAUUACGACUUUGGAAAUCCGAAGUAUCUAAGGUAUCGAUAUCUUCUCCAAAUGACAAAACCUCGAAAAAUAGAAAUAAAGGUUUACAUCUCGAGGAUGAAGGUUUGAAUACUUUGAACUAUUAUCAGGACGAAAACUUCCUUAAUGACAACAACGACACUCCGAAGAUGUCCAGGAAAAGGAAAAAUGAUGAAAGUGAAACAACUCCACUCACCUUUAAGAAAAAAAAGAAGAAUGUUUUCAAAAUUGAUUAG